AUGUUUCUUUUGGAUUGGUUUUAUGGGUUAUUAGCAUCCUUGGGUUUGUACCAGAAAGAGGCCAAGAUUCUGUUUCUGGGUCUGGACAAUGCGGGGAAGACGACUCUGCUCCAUAUGCUCAAAGAUGAGAGGCUGGUUCAACACCAACCAACUCAGUAUCCGACAUCUGAAGAAUUGAGUAUUGGGAAAAUUAAGUUCAAAGCUUUCGAUUUGGGCGGUCACCAGAUUGCUCGAAGGGUCUGGAGAGAUUAUUAUGCUAAGGUUGAUGCCGUGGUGUAUCUUGUGGACGCUUACGACAAGGAAAGAUUUGCCGAGUCGAAAAAAGAGCUCGAUGCCCUUCUCUCGGACGAUUCCUUAGCCAAUGUACCCUUUCUCAUACUCGGGAACAAGAUUGAUCUGCCGUAUGCAGCCUCGGAGGACGAGAUGCGCUACUACAUGGGCCUGAUGGAUCUGACCACCGGUAAGGGCAAGAUCGACCUUUCCAACAGCAAUGUCCGCCCGCUCGAGGUCUUCAUGUGCAGCAUUGUACGGAAAAUGGGCUACGGCGAGGGCUUCAGAUGGAUGUCUCAGUACAUUUAG